CAGUUUUCCAGUUUCUUGGCUCCAGUUCGGGACCCUCCCCGUUUGGACUGCUCCGGCUCCUUCUCUGCGCACACUUCUGAAUGUUUACACGUCUUAAAUGGCAUUUAAGUGUGAGACAGCUUAUAAAUAAACGGCGUCUUUUAUCUCAGCUUCAUCGGGAAGUUGGUGAUAACCUGAAAUAUUUCUGCGGUGGAGACUCCGGCAAGGACCAUGCCGACCAUGCACUGCUCUGCUGUCUCACUGCUUUUUGGUUUCCUGAUUGGUCUGAGCUGCUCGCUGGACCCCAGAGACCCCAACGUGUGCAGCCUGUGGGAAAGCUUCACCACCUCAGUCAAAGAAUCCUACUCUCAACCUUACGACCAUGUGACAGAGGAGCCCUGCUUGGACCCGCGGACCUCCUACAGAUGCCUGCGUCACAGGAUCACCUACAAAACAGCCUACAGGCAGGCGGUGAAGACCGACUACCGCAGGAGAUACCAGUGCUGUCCCGGCUACUACGAGAGCGGGGACAAAUGUGUUCCUCGCUGCACCAAGGAGUGUGUCCACGGCCGGUGUGUUGCUCCGGACCGCUGCCAGUGUGAGAGAGGCUGGCGAGGCGAUGACUGUUCCAGCGACUGUGAUGAGAAACACUGGGGCCCAGGCUGCAGUCAGGAGUGUCGGUGUGAGAACAAAGCCCUCUGCGAUCCUGUGAAAGGGACAUGCCAGUGUCUUCCAGGGUUCAUAGGACGCAUCUGUGAGGAGGAAUGUCCAGCAGGAACGUUUGGGAAGGGCUGCCUGCAGAGGUGCAAAUGUGACAAAGGAUCCUGUAAUAAAGCAACAGGAGAGUGCAUGUGUUUGGACGACUUCACGGGGACUUUCUGUGAGAAGGCGUGCAGGAGGAAAUGCCAGGCUCGAUGCCCCUGCCAGAAUGGUGGCAUCUGUAAAGGCAAAGGGAUCUGCGCCUGCCCGCCUGGAUGGACGGGUGAGGUCUGCACAGAGCGAUGUCCGGUGGGAAGGUUUGGGCCCAACUGUACUGACGAGUGUGUUUGCCACAACAGUGGCAAAUGUGACCCUGAGACUGGAGAGUGCCAUUGUGCUAAAGGUUUCACCGGGAACAGGUGUAAUGAGGAGUGUGCCGCAGGAACUUACGGACAGGACUGUAAAGGUGUGUGUGACUGUGCUAACGGUGCGCGCUGCUACAACAUUGAUGGAGGUUGCCUGUGUGAGCCGGGCUUCAGCGGGCCGCAGUGCAGGAACAGGAUGUGUGCGCCCCGGAAUUACGGCAUGCACUGCGAACACACGUGUCUCUGUCAGGAAAAACACACCCUCAGCUGCCACCCAAUGAAAGGAGAGUGCACGUGCCAGCCGGGGUGGGCGGGGCUGUACUGUAACGAGACCUGCGCUCACGGUUUCUACGGUAACGGCUGCCUGGAGACGUGUCUGUGUGUGAACGGCGGGGUGUGUGACAGCGUCUCGGGACGAUGCCAUUGUGCGCCCGGAUUCACGGGCGUUCACUGUGAAAGUUCCUGUAAAAGUGGAACUUAUGGCAAGAACUGCUCCAUGGAGUGCUCCUGCGAAAACUUUAUCGACUGCUCACCGAUUGACGGGACUUGCUUCUGCAAAGAGGGCUGGAGAGGGCUGGACUGCUCCAUCCCUUGCUCUGAAGGAACCUGGGGUCCAGGAUGUAACACCACCUGCCACUGCACCAACGGGGCAAAAUGUACCCCUGCAGAAGGAUCCUGCAUCUGCACAGCCGGCUGGCAGGGGAAGCACUGCGAUCAGCCGUGCCCGAUGGGCACGUUUGGGCCCGGCUGCCUGAAGAGGUGUGAUUGUGUCCAUGCUAACGGCUGCCAGGCUACCACCGGGGAGUGCCCCUGUCUGCCAGGCUGGAGGGGUUCCCGCUGCAGCGAGCCUUGUCCCGAGGGCUUCUGGGGGCCCCACUGUAACCACACCUGCUUCAAGCACUGCCCCAACAGUGACACAUGUAUCAGGGAAACUGGGGAGUGUGUGUGUCGUCCAGGCUACUGGGGAGUCAGCUGUCAGAACAACUCGUCCGAGCAGACGGGGAGCGUCAUGGUUCCUCUUCCCCCUGGGGAGAGGGAAUCGUGGGGGGCCAUCGGCGGCAUCGUGGUGCUCGUCCUCCUGGUGGUGCUCCUGCUGGCGCUGCUGCUGCUCUACCGCCGCAGGCAGAAAGACAAGCAGAACACCACGCCAGCCGUCUCCUUCUCCACCAGCCGCACCGCCAACUCUGAAUACGCUGGUCCAGAUGUUCCUCACAGUUACCAUCAUUACUACUCCAACCCCAGCUACCACACGCUGAGCCAGAGCAGGCCUCCGCUGCCGCACCUGCCCAACAACCACGACCGCAUCAUCAAGAACAACAACCAGCUCUUCUGCAGUGUGAAAAACGCAGCGAGGGAGCGGCGAAGUCUGUUCGGAGUCGAGCCCAACGCGACUCUGCCGGCAGACUGGAAACACCACGAACCCCGAAAAGACUCGGGAGCUUUUGGCAUCGACAGGAGCUACAGCUACAGCGCCAGCCUCGGAAAAUAUUACAACAAAGAGCUGAAGGACUUGGUGGCGGUGAGCAGCAGCUCUCUGAACAGUGAGAAUCCUUAUGCCACCAUCAAAGACCUGCCCGGCCUUCCCUUCUGCCCCCCAGAGAGCAGCUACAUGGAGAUGAAGUCGGCCAUGCCCCGAGAGCGAGCGUACACCGAGAUCAGCCCACCGCCAUUCAGCACCACCACCUUACGCAGAGAGCGUCAGAGCUCCCUCGGACACGCGCCUCAUGAGGACCCCCAGAGCCACUACGACCUCCCCGUGAACAGCCACAUCCCGGGACACUACGACCUUCCUCCGGUCCGCCGCCCCCCUUCCCCCGGCCCCUCCCCCAGGAGGACGCUGCAGUGAAAACCAGAGCAGAAGAGCAACAUCUUUCUACGAGGAGGAGGAAGAUGAUGAUGAGGAAGAGUGAACUUUAUGCUCUCAGCUGUUAAACUGAAGCGUCUGCUCCACCAGCUCACUGAGGGUGCCCCACCUUUAACACAACACCGCCCCCUUGUGGGCUUAUAGCGCUACUACCCCACCAUAACAGACUUGGCAUCCAGACUGAAGAGCCAGCCGGUGAGGAAGAGGAGGAGGAAGGCUAGUGUGUGGAGACACCAGCAGUGAUUUUCACCCUCUCAUGGGGGGAAACCCACCCGAGGCCUUCGUGGUUAAAAGCAACAACUUUGGGAUGUUUGUGUGUUUAAACUUCAGCAUGUUUUCAUUUCUGCUUCGCAGCUGCUGCGUCUGUUUUUACUUUUUCACCUGAUGUGUAAAAAUGUUUCCAGAAAGCGUUUCUUUCUUUUGCCAGGCAGCUUUGGAUAAACUCGCUUUUUUAUUCUCCUGAUGGUUCCUCAGCCAUUCAGGAUGUUUUCUCUUUACUUCCUACAAGCCAAAAAGAAACACAAAGCAAUCAUUUCCAACCAUUCAGGCCAGUGUUGCUUCCAAAUGUGGCUCAUUGCUGCUGUCAGAGGAAACUGUGUAAAUAUAGAGAUGAAUAUAUUAUCAGCCUCAUGAAUGUAGAGCAGCCCUACUUUGAGAUGAAUAUGUUGUUUUAUGUGUUUACAAGAUUGAAGAUCAUUUUCAUUUGCUGGUCAGUAGAAUAAACUUUUCACUUUGCAAAGGC